AAAGUCCGACGAGCUUCUCUAAUCUCUGGUCGCCGAUGGUUGGCGUCCGCAGGCAUCAGAUGUGCAAGACCAAGAGCGCCACGGCCACCUCCAUGGCCCGCUCCCCCGCCACCACCCCGACCACGGCGACCGCCCACGGCCGCCGCUCGCCCCGUGCGAACACCAACGGCAGCCACCCGGGCCCGACCUCCUACUCCACCUCCUCCGCGGCGGCGCUCUCCACCUCCUCCUCCUCCGCGGCCUCCUCCCUGCAGGCGCUCAAGGACUCGCUCCCGGACCUCCCGCUCCUCCUCACCUUCGCCGAGCUCGCCGCCGCCACCAAGAACUUCUCGCCCGCGCACCGCCUCGCACCGGGGUCGUCGACCAACUCGUUCCGGUGCGCGCUCCGGGGCCACCCGGCCGCCGUCUUCCGCCGCGCGCUGCGCCGGGACCCGGCCGAGGUGUCCGCGCGGCUCGCGGUCCUCGGCCACUGCCACCACGCCGCCAUCGCGCGGCUCUACGGCGCCGCGGCCUCCCCCGACGGCACCCUCUUCCUCGCCUACGAGCUCGUCCCGGGCGCCGCGCCGCUCUCCUCGCUCCUCCGCGGCGCCAACAACCCGUCCUUCACGCCGCUCGCCUCCUGGCACUCCCGGCUCCGGCUCGCCGCCGACGCCUGCGACGCGCUCAGCUACGUGCACCUACAGGCCGGGACCGUGCACAACCGCCUCUCCUCCUCCUCCGUCCUCGUGUGCGGCCAGGGGGCGCUCCUCCGGGCCAAGCUCGCGCACUUCGGGUCCGCGGACCUCGCCGGGGAGCUCCCGGACGACGAAUCCGGGGACGGCAAGGAGGCGAGGCAGCGGCGCACGGGGAGCCGCGGGAGGCGGAUCGAGGGCACGCGCGGGUACAUGGCGCCGGAGCUGACCGCGGGCGGGUCGCCGACGCGGCGGUCGGACGUGUUCGCGCUGGGCGUGCUGCUGCUGGAGCUGGUGUCCGGGCAGGAGCCGGUGCGGUACGAGUUCAACAAGGCGACCGGGGACUACGAGCGCACGUCGCUGAUCGAGAGCGCCUCCGCCGCGUCGGCGACCGGCGGCGGGGAGGGGAUGCGGCAGUGGGUGGACCGGCGGCUCAAGGACUCGUUCCCCAUCGAUGCCGCGGAGGCGCUCACCACGCUGGCGCUGCAGUGCGUGUCCAAGGACCCCGCGGCGCGGCCGGAGAUGUCGUGGGUGGCCGCCAAGGUGUCCAAGCUGUUCCUGGAGGCGCAGGACUGGGCCGACAAGUUCCGCGUCCCCACCGACAUCUCCAUCUCCAUGGCUCCCAGGUGAGCUCAGAUCCUAACUGCCGCCGCCGCCGAGCGCCAUGGCCGAGUAAUUGCUCGCCGGAGCUGUGAUUCGGCUCCAAGUUGUAGCUGCUGCCGGAGAAUUGUUGAGUGGAUGCCAUGGAAUUGUUGAUAGAUUAGUUGAUUGAUGUUGGAUGUUGCCGUGGCUAUCACAUGCUUGUGAUGCACUGAUGCUAACAACCGAUGAGUGCUACCGCUGCUAAUGUGGACAUGUGUACAGAUAAAUCACCAUUGGCGUCUUUGUCCUCUUGUUCUUGGUUCUUACUCAUGAUGUGCACAUGAGUGGUUUGUGAUUCAGUUUACACAGAUCCAGCUUUGUGACAUCUGAAAAGAUUCAGCAGCUUUGUUGACAAAAGCAUGUGAGUGGAAAAUGUGAGGCAGAGUCCAUCCAUCCACACUGAAACAGAGGAUUUUUGGCACCUGUAAUCCCCACACAAUUCCCUGAAAAUUUCAUAGGGAAAUCGUUGGUCGGCGCUACGCUAUGUUUCACAGGAAAAUUCCCAUCGACUCCAACCUCUCGAAGAAAGGUGCAAACAGUUUUAGUCCUUGCUGGAUCUGAGUUGACGCUAAACUGUGAAGUUUUCCCCAUUUCUGCGUUUUUCGGAAUUCCUGCUAAUCGAAGAUCCUCGACAACUUUGCUGUUUGUGUUGAUGAAAUAUUGGAUCUGUGAUGUGGAUGCCUCAGUCCCAUUUGGCAAUUGCAUCAUGUCUAGUGAGGCGCAGCGCAACGACGAAUCGGGUUCUUUUAGGCCACAUUUUCUCCACCCACAUAUUUAUUUUGUGUGUGAAAAGGUUCAGCUUUGUUAACAAAAACCAUGUCGGGCCAUCAACACCAAAACAGAGCAAGAAGGGGCGUUGGCUCUCAUUUGCCAUUUGGUUCAGAGGAUCUUUGAUAAGUGUAA